AUGAAGUGGAAACAUACUAGAGAACGUUUAUCCAAAAAUAAUUUUUGUGGAGCUAUUAUAAAUGAACAUGCAGUAUUUUGCAUUUGUAGACAAAAAGUAUUACUUGAUAAAGAUUAUGAUGAUUCACAGCUUAAUGAAUAUUCAAGAAGUUCAAGAUGUAAACUAAAUAAUAAAAAACAACAACUUGGUCUAUCUGAUCUAUUUCCUAUUUUACCUAAUAAAAAGACAAAAAAUACCACUCUGGAACUAUUAUCACCAUCAUUAAUAAACUUAACACUAAAUAUACCAUAUCCUGAAUUUAUUUCUGAACAAAUAAAGACAUAUAUUAAUUGA